CCGAAACUCAUCGAGAAAGGUGUAUUUCGACCUGUCUGCUGCCGAGUGGACGUGUUGGCAUGUUUUGUAGUCCGUAUAGACAUAACGAAUUUGAGUUUUUCAUCAUCGCGAUGUGUCACAUGCACGACGAAUAUUAUCAGUGAUAAAUGCCGAUGUAUUUAUCGAAUUACACAAGCGACGUUUAUCGUUAAGACGUAAAAUGGCGUGGUUCGGUGACAGUUUAUCCAAUCUCUCCAGUUUAAAGGGACAGAUAACAAAUUUCACGAAGGGGGUUCUGUCCGAGGGUAUUGUUGAUGAAAUAGAUGAACGAUCACAAGCGUUGAAGGAGGCAAAUGAAAGAUGCAGCCAACUGCAAGAUCUACUCAGUUCGAAAGACGCAGAGAUUUCUCUUCUGCGCCGACAGAACUGCGAGCUGCAAAGAACUGUCAUCGAGAUAAAUGCAAAGUCCAAGGAAUCGAGGGAUGCAAACCACGCCGAUGACACCGAAGGGACCUUCUGGGACCCUGGGUCGUGUGUCGACAAUCGCAACGCGAGGAAUCAGAAUCAUGUGCGCCAGCUACAGGAACAGCUGGCACAAGCCACCGUGAAAGUACGCGAAUUAGAAUGCGAGCUGAAGCACGUUCAGAAGAUGAACAACGCGUCCUUCAAGGAUGAUAUAUCCGACGGACAUCAGAAGGCGGAGGUCGUGCGGGCGAAACAAGACAUGCUGAAUCGUAUAAUACAAAUGGAGGAAAAAAAGACUCGAGAGGCAGAACGAAAUGCUAAACAUAUCCAAUUGGACGAAGUUAGUCUCAUCAAUGAUUUCCGUUCGGUAAUUUCGAAAUUAAAUUCACGCGAGAAGUUUGAUUUGAUCAGCGGGGCGCUGAAAGCUUUAGAAAUUGAAAACGAGACGCAUGAAAAAAUUAAGGAUCACGAAAAACCCAACGACGAACUCGAGAAAGUCGAUGGCUUCGCGAAUAAACCUUUAAUUCUGAAACACACAAGCUCGCAACAACAAGAUAAAUCAAACGAUACGAUCGAGGAACUUUCGAUUAAAGAGGAAAUGUUGCAAAAAAUAGAGGAGCUUCAAAAUGAAAACAAAGAUCUUCUGGACGCGAUGGAAAAAUUGGAUGAGGAGCAUUCGCAGUCAAUUGAAAAGCUAUUGUCGCUCAGAGAAGAAAGCAAUAAAAAGCAUCGCUCUCUACAAAACGCGUACGAACAGCUUUCCAUAGAUUACAAGGAGGCUCAGAAAAAAAUUAUCGAGCUGCAAAACGACACGUCGAAAUACGAUGAAAAUAUUUGUACGAAAUCGGUUCAUCAAUCUGCUCAGACGGAUAAUGCGGAUAAAUCGGAUAAACACACCCAGAUAACAACAGUCCCUUCGCAAGAAUCCGUAGAUGCGGAUGCGAGGGUUUUAGACGCUAUCACUGAGAAGGUUAAGAUGAUUUUGAAGAACUAUACCGUAAGUAACGUUGAACCGGGCGUAACGAUUUUCGAGGCUAUCGCGAAACAAUACGUCGACGCUAGGUGGAAACUGGACGUUUUGGAGAGGAAGGUGACGGAGCUCACCAGGGAUCUGAAGGAGACCGAGGAGAUGAAGGAUGGCCUGCAUAUGGAAUGCGAAGAACUGCAAUCGCAUCUCGAUUCGCUGUUGUUGGAGAAAAAUAUGAGAAUGAAGCCGUACCAGGGCCUGGAGCUGAAUUUGCCAUCUAUUCCCGAGGCGAGCGAGGAACGAGUAGCCUCCCUGGAAAUGGAUAUCGAAUCCCUGCGGGAAGAAGUGAAACGCCUCCUGGUUGUCAACAGAACCAUACGAGAGGCAAAUUCAAUGAGCGAUCCGACGUCCGCUGUACAAAGCAACGAAGUGCCUUUAACGAGCAACGAUUAUUCACAGGCAGAUACAAAUCGCAAACUAUUUACGUUUACAGAGGAAAACGAGAAGCUUCCAGUAGUUUUAGAAAAUGGUGAAAGCUCAAACGAGGAUGUAAGAAUAUCGACCGAUCGAUCGAAACUCAAUCAUGAAAUGACGAAGGAAGAAUUGGAGGAUUCGAUGUCGUUAUCCGAAACAAAAUUGCUACGGGACAAAUUUUCACUUUUACAAGACACUGUAAAUAAAAUGGCAGAGGAAAAUAAAAAUUUGUUACGGAAGAACGAGUACUUGAAUGCGCAGUUACACGAUAGAGACACGCAAGAACGUAAUUUACAAGAAGAAAACGGUUAUCUAUUGGAAGACUUGAGGGAACAACUCGAUAUGGUCAAUCGCGAAAAAUUCGAGUUGGAGAAUAAUAUUUUACGUAAGGAAGAGGAACUGGACGCGAUGCGGAUUCAAGUUGAUGCGAGACAAUCCGAAAUAGCGAAAUUGAGUCAGGAUAAUGAUAGAUUAAUUAAGGAAAAUAUAUCUCUGUCGGAGCAAUUAACCGCUACGCACGACGAAUCCUUGGAUAAGAUCGAGUUGCUCAACACCGAGAUGUCAUUGCUUCAGCAAGAGCACGAGGAUUUGAAGCAGGAGGUCUCGAUUUAUAAGGAGGAGUUGCCUUUGCUGAGGGAAAAAUUAUACGAGGCGCAGAAACGUUAUACAGAACUGGAAGACGAAUAUUAUGCGUGGAAGACGCAAAACGAGCGAUUCGAAUUACAUAAGAAAGAUACUCAAAGUCAGACGAUCGAACUCGGAAACAAAUCGAGCCUUGAAGAGUCACCAACGGAAGACCUGGGCUCGCUGCAAAACAGAUGUAGGCUUUUGGAACAAGAAAUAGAAAUACUUCGUACAUUGAAAGAAACGCAGGAAUUUCGAAAAACUUCAGUAAAUGCGGAUGAAAUUAAUAAAGUUGUACCUUCCGUUGAUGAAGCUAAUUUAAUCGGAGUGAAAGGUUCAAUUACGGAUGGAGAACUUUUAAAAACGGGAGACAUUGAUGUAACCUGUAACGAUAAAGAACGGCAAAAGUUGGAGUCACUUGUGGCUGAAGAAAGGCGAGAAAAAGAUAUAAUAAAGGCACAUAAUGAAAACUUGACGAGUGAAAUUAACGAUUUACGAAGCAAGUUGCAAACUGCCUUGGAAAAUAAUAAAGAGUCAACAGAGACGGCUAAACGAAUUAUUGACGAUUUCAGCAACUGCGUUCAACAAAAAGAUCAGGAGAUAAACGUUUUGCAAGCCGAGGCAAUUCACGCGAAGAAUGUCAUUGCGCAAAUUUCGAAUGAUCUUGCCACGGUCCAAGAACGGAAGAGCGAGCUCGAACACCUCGUUUCCGUUAAGCACAACGAAAACUUGCAAUAUCAGGAAGAGAUCCAGAAGUUAAUUCAACGCGUAAAUGAACAAGCGGCUCACAUCCAGGAAUUGGUUUCGAAGCUAACGGCGAACGCUGAGGAUCAACAGAAAGAUCGUAACCAUAAUGGAGUUGAUCAAGUCGUCGAACAUUCCAGAUUGAAUACCGAACUGGCGGCUCUGACUAAAAAAUGCGACGCUCUGGAAGCUGCCCUGAUACAAGAACAGUCCAACAGCCGAAUCCUGCAGAACCAGCUUAUCGAAGUUCAAAACAAGGAAGCGAAUUCGGUUAAAGAAUUGGAGCGACUGAGAACGCACUUGGUCGAGAUGGAGUCGAGCUAUACCGAGGAGGCCCUGAUCGCCGAGAGUAAUCGUCAGGAACUAGAGGCGAAAUUACUGCAAGCCGAGGAAAAAGUAAAGAGCAGCUCGACCGCCUUUACGUCGGCAAGCAUCAGGGCUAAUCAACAGGUGGAAACGCUGCAGCAACAAAUAGCUCUGAUCACUCAACAGAGAGACCAGAUACAGGCGAAAUUAUCCGCCGCGCAGGACAACAUCCAAUCGCAGUCUGCCUCCUUGACUAAUUUACAAAUAGUCCUGGAACAAUUUCAACGAGAUAAAGAACGCGACGUCUUGGCGGCUACGGAGAGACUUCGAUCUCGACUUACCGAAUCAUAUCAAAUACGAGAUAGUCUAUUGGAUGACAAUUCGAACCUUCAGAAACAAUUACUUGAAGCUAGAGAAGGCUUGAAGGCUGCCUCUAGGCUGAGCGACGAACUCGAGAAGAAGGACAAGCAGAUCGAGCGGCUCAACGAGGAAGUGGCUCGAUUGACGACUUCGUUAAAUUCUAUCGACCAAAAGAUGAAAGAAACAACGGAACAAGAGAAGGGAAAAGUUGACAAAAUCCUCAUCAAAAAUCUUCUUUUGGGUUACUUGUCCUCGACGACGUCAGACAAAUCAUCGAUUCUCAGAGUCUUCGCCAACGUUCUGGACUUUACCGAAUCGGAAAAAGACAAGACUGGCUUGAACAACGUGACUACUCAAGGCGGUCGACAAGCCAACAGAAGUGGUGGCUCAACGGAUCAGGAAGCGUCCUUAUCAGCGGCCUUCGUGAGGUUUUUAGAAAACGAAUCUAAGCCAAAGCCUCAGCUACCGGCUUUGCCGAUCGUGAAUUCACCUUCGUCGCGACCAGGGCAUAACAAACAACAGUCGUCGUCGUUGUCGUCGUCGUCGUCGUCAUCAUCAUCGGCGCAAUCGACACUAUUGUUGUCCAACGUUGCUCUUCCAACAUUCCCAAACUUCGUUCCAUCCAGAAAUACGGGAUCUAUUUUGAAGGAGGUACUAAAAGAUAGUUGAUAUUAAGCGCAUUGUAUUAAACAUUGUACAAAUAAUAUUAGAAGCUAUAAUACAUUCGAUUGCAUUUUAUAUC